GUAACGAGGUUGACAGCUGUGUUUGUCAGAAAAUAAUAAUCUUUAUUUAAAAAAAAACUCAUAAAAACUCAAGUUACGAUAUUAACUGAUAAUAGGUUGUGUUUUCGAUGGUUUUAAGUAAACUCUGAGCUGGACUGGCUCCGUGUGUCACCACGGUGUAUUUCCGGGUGAGCGCUGCAGCUGCAUCCCAGCUAUAGCAUCACUGUCUUCAGCCUCAGCCCGAACCAUCAGCCGCUACACGAGAAGACCGGAACCCCAAAAACAACAACAACAACAACAUCCGCUUUUUGUUACACAUUUAUAAUUAAUGCCUGGUAGCUGAGAGCCGGCUUUGAACGCAGGGAGAGACAGCGGGCAGGAGUCAUGGCGGCGUCGCUUCUCUCCGAGACCGACAUCAGGCACCGUUCCAUGGCGGAGGAGGAUCCGAACGGGAACGAGCAUGGGGCGGCUGCUCGCAGCGCGGCACCUCGCUGGGGACCACAGCAUGCCGGGGCUCGACAGCUGGCGAGGCUCUACUCUCCCGGAAAGCGACUCCAGGAGUGGGUGUGUGUGAUUCUGUGCCUUCUCCUCUUCAUCGUCAACUUCUUCCUCCUGCUCCUCCACUUCUCCACCGUCCACAUCCACCUGAUCGUCCUCGGCGUCGUCCUGGGAAUAGUGACAGCAGACUUCGCUUCAGGGAUGGUCCACUGGGGGGCAGACACCUGGGGGUCCGUGGACAUUCCUGUAAUUGGCAAGGCCUUCAUCCGACCCUUCAGGGAGCACCACAUCGACCCCACCGCCAUCACCCGCCACGACUUCAUCGAAACCAAUGGAGACAACUGUAUGAUACCCAUCCUGCCUCUGGCUCACAUGGCCAGCAAGUACCUCACACACACCCCAGAGGCCUUGGCAUUGUCUUACCCCUGGGACUGCUAUGUCUUCGCCCUGGCUGUUUUCGUGACGCUGACCAAUCAGAUCCAUAAGUGGAGCCACUCCUACUUCGGCCUCCCACGCUGGGUCACUCUCCUCCAGGACUGGCAUCUGGUGUUGCCACGGAAACACCACCGCAUCCACCACGUCUCGCCGCACGAAACCUACUACUGCAUCACCACAGGUUGGUGCAACUACCCACUGGACCAGCUGGGCUUCUGGAGACGGAUGGAGCGGCUGAUCCAGUACCUGACUGGACUGAAACCCCGGUCGGACGACAUGGCCUGGGCCAAGAAGACGGACUGAGCGCCGCACACUCACAGGAUCCAGACGUGAACGUUGAGAAGACACACACACACACACACACACACUUCCUGUCUCUGAGCUUCAGUUUCUCACUGACUGCUGUUGUUGCUCCUCUUCAUCUCAUCAAGCUUUGAACAAAAAGAACGACAACAUGGAUCCAGAGACGACGUCACUGUAACAGAACGUCGACGUCCAGGCAGGUGUUGGUGAACGAGGGGUUCUGGAGGUUGGGCUCUCCAGUUGACACACACACACACACACACACACACACACAAACUUUUUUAUUUGUUUUGUUAAUAAUUGCAUCAUCUUCUUUUAACAGGCAUGGCUAACAAACAAAAACAAUUGAAAAAAAUAAUGCUUAUGUUUAAGGAUGUCCGAUAUUAUCGGCUGGAUGUUAGCAUACUUAUGUAAUAUCUGUAAGAAUCGUUAUCGGAUUUUUCCUCCGAUAAUGAAAACCCAAAAACGCAAUGCCUGGGUUUCACCAAAAAUUGUGACAAAGAAAUCGUUUUUUGGGGAAAAACAGCUG